UCAGACCCCAACACUGACAUCACUACACUACCCACAACCCCCUUCAACAGGUGUGUUGGUAACCUGGUCUCUUACCUGAAGCUUCUCUCCAUCCUACUGAUCGUCAGUGGUCAGAAUCCCUUCGUACUCCUCGGCCUCGACACUCCCAGAGCCUGGAACUGGAGUCAGGACAACAAGAUUUUCUCCUGUCUGAUGGCCUUCUUCCUCUGUAACAUGAUGGAGACUCACUUCCUGUCUACAGGAGCCUUCGAGGUCACUCUUAACGGUAAGUUCUGAUUGGUCCAAGACAUGACGUCACGGUGACAGUGUAGAUCUGAUUGGUCCAAGACAUGACGUCACUGUGACAGUGUAGUUCUGAUUGGUCCAAGACAUAACGUCACUGUGACAGUGUAAUUCUGAUUGGUCCAAGACAUUACGUCACUGUGACAGUGUAGUUCUGAUUGGUCCAAGACAUGACGUCACUGUGACAGUGUAGUUCUGAUUGAUCCAAGACAUGACGUCACUGUGACAGUGUAGUUCUGAUUGGUCCAAGACAUGACGACAUGACAUGCAAAGUCCUUCGCUCACUCCCGAUCUGCGCCGUUUGAAUGCGUUUUCUGUGAAUGUCA